GGAAUUGAGGAAGGGUAGACAACAGGAGUACACAGCGGAAGAAAGAACUUGAGCUUGGGGUGACUGGAGGACGUUUGUUGAAGUCAGGUGCGGCGUCACGUUCGUCCAGGUUGCACACAUUUGAACUCGGGGACAGGUGGAGGCCCCACAGGGGGCUAGAUCAUGGGACAGAGUCUCCGUGUGGAGACCCCAGCUCAGGAAUCACUCCAACGUAACAAUGGCGAUGAUGAAAGUGAGAAGCACCAAAGCACGAUGGCGGGGGAGACGAACAGCUCGGGGGGGAGCACGCCUCCCCAGAAACGCAAGGGCAAGUUCUCUAGUCUGGGCAAGAUCUUCAAGCCGUGGAAGUGGCGUAAGAAGAAAAGCAGCGAGAAAUUCAAGGAAGCUUCAGACGAACUGGAGAGAAGGAUGUCGACGAGACGUACCCGGCAAGAGCUUAUAGAACAGGGAGUGCUGAAAGAAGUUCCAGACAACGAUGCCGACGGGGCGGCACAAAGCCUUAAGCAGCCAUUUGUGAAGAAUGGCCACACUCUGCCUGUAAGUGGAGGUGCCGGAAGGAGCAACCAGGGGCGACUGCACUCCGAUUCAGACUUUCGGAUAAACCCUACUUGGCUAGCCCAUUCGGACGAGCAUCGAGGCCGAUCUCCCCCAGAUGGAGACCGCCGGAGAGUGUCGGGCUCCAGGGGGGAGGAAGGGCAGAGAGGAAGCGGCGUCGGAGCGCCUCGUGGGCACGGGGAGACAGAGUGGAAGUCUAACACGGCGUGGCAAGGACAGAGUCACAAUCAGAUGGAUGAGGGCAGAAGCAGCGGGCACUUUCACCCCGAAGAUGGACAGAGGAGGCCCGGGCUGCAGAAAGCCCCCUCAGAGGACGGUAGGAGGAGUCGAGCGCCCGACGUCGAUUGGAAGCCAACGCUCCCACGACACGCAUCUGCCGAAGAGGGAAGGGCCCGGCGAGAGUCAGACAGCCAUUUUGUCCCAGACCCUGAAGCACUGAAGGACACCCUCCGCGAACCUCUGCCGCCUAAACAAUCCGUCCUGCCUCCAAAAUGGUUGAUAAGCUCCACGCCUGAACCAGGCAGCGAGGGGCCAUCUCGCAGCUCAAGCAAUCACGCCUCAGCCCAGUACCCAUCCUCCUCCGCCUCCUCGAGUAGCGCACCCAAGCCUACAAGGAACGUGUCGGCGGCCGCACAGCCGUCGUCUUCAUCGGCAGCCUCGUCGUCGGUCACUCAGGGCACCAAGCAGCCGCCUCAGCCGCCGCCCAAGCCGGUGAACAGAGGCAACUCCAGCAUGAUGGUCUCCGCCCUACAGGGUGGAGAGCACGCACAGCUUCCGCUCUACUGGUCCUGCUGGAAGCGAGAGUGCGAGUAUGAUGUCUAUCUGUCCCUGCCUGUCUACCUGUGCCGGCGGGCUGGAGGCCUGCGCUCAGGAGACCUCAACCAAGGUGCCAGUCUUGUCCCCGCGAAGCCCUCCCCGCCCAUGCCUCCAAAGAGAAACCACCCCAGUCACAAACGCAACACGGACGACUCCUCCGCCUCAAGCCAUCCCCUCACGCCCUCGCCGCUUUCUCUGGAGGACCACGGCUCUGUGAGCUUCCAGCUGCCUCCUCGUCCCUCAUCCCCUCCGCUUCCGUCGCACAUACCGCCUUCUCCACCCCGACAACACGCGCACCCCCACCAACUUCAUCAUCAACACUCUUACCCGCACCCAGUGCCCCAGCCUAUACCGAUCUUGUUCGAUCCCCCGAGUCCCGUCAGUGAGUCACCCCAGCGCCCGGCGCCUGUCCCACUUCACAUCAUGAUCCAGCGAGCUCUGUCCACUCCCGGUCCCGUUCACCCCAACCCAGACGGCUCUCAACGUGCUCACACAUUGCUCUUUGAAACGCCUCCAGACUACCAAGCAGAACGAGGUCGCCCACUUCCCGUCAGCAUCCAGCCACUCAAACUAUCUGAAGAUGACUACUCCGACGAGGAGGACGAUGACGAGGAAGAGGAGGAGUACGACGGCGAGAUACCUCAGCCUAAGCUGGAGCCACGGAGUCGCCGCGGCUUGGUUUGCGAUGCUGGAGUUAACGUCAUCCCUGGUGGGGAAAACAGUGACGAGGAGGAAGAGGAGAAUGACGACGAUGAUGAGGAGGAGGAUGAAGAGCACGGCGGAGAUGAUAGUGACUCAGAUGGUCCUGUGCCUUUUAAAGAGCAAGAAUCGGAUGAGGAGGAUGAGCCACUGAGUGCCCUUGCCAGCAAAGUGAAGAGGAAAGACACACUUGCUCUAAAGCUGAGCAGCCGUCCCUCGGCACCUGACAGGGACAGAUUUGUCCAGGAGAGGAGCACCAGAGAUGACGAGCUCCCGGUACAGUCUAGCCUCACCUGGCAGAGCAGAGAGCAAUGGGAGGCCAUUCGCACGCAGAUCGGCACUGCGCUGACAAGACGUCUUAGCCAGAGACCCAGUGCUGAGGAGCUUGAGCAAAGAAACAUCCUUCAACCCAAAAAUCAAGCGGACAGACAAGCAGAGGUUCGAGAGAUUAAGCGAAGACUGACCAGAAAGCUGAGUCAAAGACCCACAGUUGCAGAACUACAGGCCAGAAAAAUUCUGCGCUUCCAUGAGUACGUGGAGGUCACCGAUGCCCAAGACUACGACCGCAGGGCAGACAAGCCGUGGACCAAGCUGACACCUGCCGAUAAGGCAGCCAUCCGGAAAGAGCUCAACGAUUAUAAAAGCACCGAAAUGGAGGUUCACGAAGAGAGCAAAAUCUACACAAGGUUUCACCGGCCUUAGCAUCCACCGUCUUCAGCUGGUAAAAGAAGCACUUAAAAGUCUCCGCGGCAAGCAGCCGCUGACUAUGCAGACGAAUCGGCCCGCUCUCAUUUCCUGAAUGUACUGUACAAUUUUAUCAGGGACAGCCUGGAACUGACUAGAGACAAUGCUUCUCGCUUCCCCCCCCCCCCACCCCUCUCCAUCACCCUCACAGAAUUGGUUUCGGUGAACAGGUGGUGGGAGAAGAUGCAGUAUUUAUCCCAGACAACAGGGGGAACCACGUGCCAACCAAACGGAGACAUUUGCAAAGGACCGACAGUGCGGGUUUCGACCCCCCCACCCCCUCUGCUGUAAUGUGGUGUCCUCAGGGACCUGGAUCUAGUUUUAUCUCUUUAAAGCGGCCUCAUUCUGUGUUGCCUUUUUCUUUACCGUUUGUGGAAACGCUAGCACAUUCAUUUUGUCAAAUGUGAGAACACAAAGUAAUAAUAGCUGACAAAAAUGGUGAUUGCUCGUAAGCCACACAAUAAUAAUUGAGACGCAUGGUGAUCGUGCGUGUGGACUGGAGGAUGAAGACUGGGAUAUUCUGUUUUAGGAUUGGACAUCUCUGGGAUAUUGUGUGUUUUAUAUUAACUGUACAGAUUGCUCUUAUAAUAUCUUAGUAUGAAACUCGGAAAGAUCUAAUUACAAAACGUGUUAUGCACAAGAUAUUUUAUAUCACGAUUUUGAUCACAUGCGUAGUGACGGCUUUUUGUUUUGGAGAUUUCUUUGGCUUGCCUGUAUUUAAAGGUGUGUUGUGAGGUGGCCAUUUAUGCGUGACUCUUUAGAAAUAGAAGAGAUGGUGCAGGUUAAGAUGCGGUAGGUGAAUUUGUGUGCCAAUGUACCCAAUGCCUAGGAACAAAAUAGGAUAUUGGUGUUCAUAUCAAUUAUUUCUGAAAUCUGCAUGAGCCAACAAAGAUCCUGGUGUCAGUGGAUCUGGAAAAUCUCUCUUCAUUUAUACUUUUCUAUGAGUUUUGUACUACCCUUUAAUCCCACACGCAAUGCAUUUCUUGUAGCCAUUUUGUAUAAGUUCGUGCCGGUGUUGUCGACCAAGAACCUAAUGCAAGUUGCUGUGACAGAGCAGGGGUUUAUCAAAAAUAUCAGAAAAUGUAUGAACGGUGAACAGGGGAUCAUUUUGGCUGGAACCUUUUAUCUGCGACUGUUUUAUUUUCUAGUAUCAUCUGGCCAGUAGCUUACAGGGUUCUCUAUUCCGUGUACAGGUGGAUUGUAGGUUUCACUGACGCUUGUGUAUAUCUUGUCUUCUUUUUAUUUGAAAAGAAAUUUUAAUAAAGUAUUAUAGGUGCUAUUUUUUAAGCACAGAAUGUUAGUUUCUAAUUAAAUGCAACAAGAAUGGGAAUGAAUAUGUACCCUCUCUGUAAAGCUUAAGUUCAUUUUUAAUUGAAUGUGAAGCUGUAUGGACUGAUAGUAGUGUUUGUUUUGAUUGUACAUAGUGACCUCUGGAUCUAAUUAAAAUCUACAGCUUGA